UAUCUCAUCGUUCCUUUUUGCCUCUCUCAUCGAAUCAGAGGCCAUUGACGAAGAAAAUUCGAACCUUUCUUCAUCAAUCAUCUCUUCCUAACGAUUUCUUCACUCGAAUCAGGUUUGUGAAGUUUUUUGUAGGGUGUCGAGACGAUGCCGGCUACUGCGGGAAGAGUGCGUAUGCCCGCAAACAAUCGGGUGCAUAGUAGUGCAGCGCUUCAGACUCACGGAAUAUGGCAGAGUGCGAUUGGUUAUGAUCCUUAUGCACCAACUAGUAAAGAGGAACCGAAGACGACUCAGCAGAAAACCGAAGAUCCUGAGAACUCGUAUGCGAGUUUUCAAGGUCUUUUGGCUCUUGCUAGAAUUACUGGUUCGAAUAACGAUGAGGCUCGUGGUUCUUGUAAGAAGUGUGGUCGUGUUGGGCAUUUGACGUUUCAGUGUAGGAAUUUCUUGAGUACUAAGGAUGAUAAGGAGAAAGAUCCUGCUGCGAUUGAGGCUGCGGUUUUGUCGGGGUUGGAGAAGAUUAGGAGAGGAGUUGGUAAAGGUGAGUUGGAGGAGGAGAGUAGUGAAGAGGAAGAGGAGAGUGAGAGUUCUGAUUCGGAUGUUGAUUCUGAGAUGGAGAGGAUUAUUGCUGAGAGGUUUGGGAAGAAGAAAGGUGGGGGUAGUAGUGUUAAGAAGACGAGUUCGGUGAGGAAGAAGAAGAAGAAGCGUGUUUCUGAUGAGUCUGAUUCUGAUUCGGAUUCUGGAGAUAGGAAGAGAAGGCGGAGGUCGAAGAAGAAGCGGAGUUCGCAUAAGAGGAGGAGUACGAGUGAGUCUGAGGAUGAGGAUGAGGGAAGGAGUAAGAGAAGAAAGGAGAGGAGAGGAAGAAAGAGAGAUGAAGAUGAUUCUGAUGAGUCUGAGGAUGAAGAUGACAGACGUGUGAAGAGAAAGAGUAGAAAGGAGAAGAGGAGAAGAAGAAGCCGUCUUAAUCAUUCUGAUGAUUCUGAUUCAGAGUCUUCUGAAGAUGAUAGAAGGCAGAAGCGAAGGAACAAAGUUGCUGCUUCUUCUGACUCGGAAGCCAAUGUUUCAGGCGAUGAUGUUUCACGCGUUGGGCGUGGUUCUUCUAAACGGUACGAGAAGAAGAGCAGGAAACGCCAUCACAGGAAAGAGUGAUAGUAAGAUCGAUCUCUAUCGCCAUUUUCACUCUCCAUUUCUCUCUAUCAAUCUAUGUACAAUAUGGAAAAUAAUGAAACCUCGGUUCUCUGUGGGAUUUGAUGUGUUGAAUUUGCAACGCAUAAUACUCUUGUUUGGUCUGUUUGUUUCAAGCAUGUGUUAACAUUUGUGAGAUACUAUUGUUCAUUGUGAGUCUUUUUUCCUCUAUUGCUCCAAGACUAA